ACCUUGGGGCCUGAGGAAGCGAGGCGCGGCUGCACGCCCAAGCCGCGUAACCGGCCCCCUCCGCUCCCUCCUGGUCCUCAUGAACCACCAAGAGCGGGCCCCGGGCCCCUCCCCGGCCAGGCCCUCCGCCCCGGUCCGGGCUCCCAUCCCGUCCGGGGCCCCAACUCUGAUCCGGACUUUGACCCCAGCCCGGGCCUCGACCGCCAACCCGGCCCCGACUCCGGCACAAACCUCGAGCCCGGUUCAGACCUCCAUCCCCACUCGGGCUCCGACUCCGGCGCAAACCUCGAGCCCCGUUCAGGCCUCCAUCCCCACUCGGGCUCCGACUCCGGCGCAAACCUCGAGCCCCGUUCAGGCCUCCAUCCCCACUCGGGCUCCGACUCCGGCGCAAACCUCGAGCCCCGUUCAGGCCUCCAUCCCCACUCGGGCUCCGACUCUGGUGCGAAACUUGACUCCUGUUCGGGCCUCGACCCUGAUCCGGACUCUGACUCCGGUCCAGACCUCGACCCCGAUCCGGACUCCGACCCCGGUCCAGACCUCGACCCCGAUCCGGACUCCAACCCCGGUCCAGACCUCGACCCCGAUCCGGACCCCGACCCCGAUCCGGACCCCGACCCCGGUCCGGACCUCGAUCCCAGCCCGGACUCCAACUCUGGUGCGAACCUCGACCCCUGUUCGGGCCUCGGCUCCAGUCCAGGCUCCGACUCCGGUCCAGUUCCCUACACCGGCCCCAGCAUCAGCAUGGGUCCCCGCCGCGGUCCCCGCUGUGGAGCCCUUCCCGACCCCGCUGCCACCUUUGCGUUCACUCCCAGAGCCUGCUCCAAAGCCAGCUUUGUCUCCUGAGAAGGAGGAUCCUAAGCGGAGCCCAAAGCCGGAGGCGCUGGUCGGCACCGUAGCCGGAUGGGACCUGGAGCCCCUUGCGGCCCUCACCCCGCCCGCCACCGACAACCUGGGGGUCUCCCCGGAGGCCACCCCGAGGGCAGACCCACUGGCCCCCAAGCUGACGGGUGCCCCCACUCCUGGGCCUAUUGUGCCAUUUGUACCCGUUUCUACCAGUGUAUUCGCCUCCACCAGCGAGAGCUUCAGCGUGGACAACAGAAUCUUGAUUCGAGUGACUUACUGUGGUAUGUGAAGCUAUGGCCUUCGGUACAUUCAACUGAAAAGGAGUCUGGAGCAGCAGUUUCCAAAGCUUCUGUACUUUGAGGAUGAAAGAGCAGACCAGGCUACGGGGGAGUUCGAAGUGUUCGUGGAGGGGAAACUGGUCCAUUCAAAGAAGCGAGGCGACGGCUUUGUGGAUGAGGGCAGGCUGCAGACGAUUGUGAAUGCUAUCAACGAGGAGAUCAAAAGAAGGUAGCCGGCGGUGGAGGGGCUAAGGAGCCGCAGCAGGAUGAUGAGAAGGGCUGAAAUGUUGCUGACUCAGGUCCUUUUCUGAUGGUGGCUGGGCUGGGUGGAGCUGGGGAAGGUGCAAAAGGAAAUAUACAACCUGCCUCCCCUGGA